GGCCGGCUCGCUGGGACCGCGCGCGCGGGCUGGAGAGCCCCCAGAGUGCAUCGGCAAGCGUCGCCCCACCUGCCCAGAGCUCCCCCCUUUCCUUUAGCGCCGGCUGCCGCCGAGCCCGCGAAGACGGUCCUCGGGGCCCGGGCUGGAGGCACCACCGCACGGAAGGAACAUGAGGUUCCCUUGGAAAUUAUUCAAGAGGAAGAUGGAAGGGGCCAUUUAAAAAAGAUUAAAAGCUACAGGCUUCAAAACUGGGGCCUGAGGGCUGGCAGUGGAAAACGCUGUUGGGCUGUGAUCUCUCACUGAAAAGUUCCAGGUGCCUUUUUGCUUCCUGCAAAAGAAAAGAAGCGAAGGAAAAGACCAUGUCCAUAGCACUGAAGCAGGUUUUCAACAAGGACAAGACCUUCCGGCCCAAGAGGAAAUUCGAACCUGGUACACAGAGGUUUGAGCUGCACAAACGGGCUCAGGCAUCCCUCAACUCAGGUGUGGACCUGAAGGCAGCUGUGCAGCUGCCCAGCGGGGAGGACCAGAAUGACUGGGUGGCAGUACAUGUGGUGGACUUCUUCAAUCGGAUCAACCUCAUUUAUGGCACCAUCUGUGAGUUCUGCACAGAGCGGACUUGCCCUGUGAUGUCAGGGGGCCCCAAAUAUGAGUAUCGGUGGCAGGAUGACCUCAAAUAUAAGAAGCCAACAGCACUGCCAGCUCCCCAGUACAUGAACCUUCUUAUGGAUUGGAUUGAGGUUCAGAUCAACAACGAGGACAUAUUUCCAACAUGUGUGGGUGUUCCCUUCCCAAAGAACUUCCUUCAGAUUUGCAAGAAGAUUCUGUGCCGCCUCUUCCGGGUCUUUGUCCACGUGUACAUCCACCACUUUGACCGCGUCAUUGUGAUGGGUGCAGAGGCCCAUGUCAACACCUGCUACAAACACUUCUAUUACUUCGUCACAGAGAUGAACCUCAUAGACCGCAAGGAGCUAGAGCCCUUGAAAGAGAUGACGAGCAGGAUGUGCCACUGAUGCGUCACCUCACCCUCGGAAGAAAGGAAAGCUGUUUCCUUCUGGAGCCCUGGGCGGGCAGGAGGUAGACCUCCCUGGCAGAAAUGGCACUCCUGCAUCCAGGGGCAGCAGAGGCCGAGGCAAGCAUGACUCCUGAGAGACGUUCCCCCUCACUUCGUGUGCUCUUAACCCUCCGAGUGCUGCUGGCCUGGCCCCGUGGACCAGGCAGACCGCAAAUGCAGGAGGACCAGGCCUGGCCCCUCUGGCUCGGAAGUCGUGGGGAGGAAGCCUCUCACUUCCACGCACGGCACAGUUCUGCCUGUGACCUGCCGCCUAAGCUUUACUGGAAUUCAGGUUUCGAGACUCAGAUGCUUGUUUGUACCUUUCCACUUCAUCUGUCUUGUCAUCUGGACGACUUUCUGUAAUUGGUUUUCUAAGUGCCGAGUGAAUUUUGGAACUCCGGAUGUUUCUAUGGAAUAAGCCUUCCUUUCGGGUCUCUGAAAACUCCCACUCUGAUCAUGUGGUUGGAGAGAUCUGAACACCCCCCCCCUCCUUAAAUCCCCCCAACU